AGUGGUCGUCAUCCACGGUUGUUGAAAAAAGCCAGUCAUUUAAUUAAUCGAGCUCUCGAAAUAUGUCCCAGCAGCAGUUCUAUCCAGCUUCUUGCAGCCUCACUCAACUUAGCCACUCAGCAUACAAAGGAAGCGUUGACAAAUUACAAGAAGGCUUUGAAACUUGACGAGUCAAGUAUCGACAGCAUGAACGGUCUCAUUCAUUGCCAACUUCUUCAAGGAGACAUAAAAGAUGCCGCCUUACAACUCGAACUGCUUGAUGAACUUUUACCUACAAUAGGGGUAUCAGCAGAAACGGUCUAUCUUCAAGCCCUGCUAUUACGCGAGCAAAAAGGAAAAGAGGAGGAAAUAAUGCGCUUACUUGACAAAGCGAUGGACUUACACUUCAAAGAAUUGAAGUUCAAUCCGGACUUUUUGCUGCAGUUGGUAAAUGCCUAUUUUGGCCUCUCGAAACAGCCUCUUUUAAUUGUGUUUGACGCCAAGUCCUCGGUAAGUGAAGAAAAUGAAAUACUUUCUCUCUGGCCCGAUGAACAGAGGCUUCUACAAAGAGCAGAGCGGCUCCUUUUACAAAUCCUGGAGAUUGCACCAGGUCUCCAGAAGGCUAAUUACCUUUUGGCUUGCAUCCAUUUACGUAGAGGAGGUUUGCAAGGUGCCCUAAAAUUUAGUCAAGCCGCAGUGGAUGUUGAUCCCACGUGUAUCGAUGCGCAUGCUCUCCACGCCACCAUUUACCUUUCUCAAGGAAACCUUAGAAUGGCUGAGCAAGCGCUCGAAAUCGGUCUAAGCAAUAACUUUGACCUUCGAAACCACCCACUCAGCAACCUCGUUCGAGCGGCAGUCUGUCUCAAAGACGGUGAAACAGAAAAGGCCAUAAAGGUGCUCAAUGAAACAAUAGCUAAUCCCGACGCACCAGGACGAUCAACGGAAAUGUCAUCAAAAUUGAUAUACUCCGAGUUUUGGAUCACAAUAUACACCGAGUUGAUCUACGCCUACAAGAAGAUGGAUAAAAUGCAAGAUGCAAGGAAGAUAUUGGCAGAAGCUAGGAAAGCAUAUGCCAACACAUUGGAGAUGGACAGGCUUGCAAUUAUAGCAGCUGACAUGGAUUUGGCAGAAGGAAAUUUGGAGGCUGCUCUUGCACAGCUCUCUGCUGUUGCGUCUGAUAGACCUGCUUACAUCCUGGCAAAACAGCGCAUGGCUGAUGCCUACCUUAACCAUAGGAAGGAAUGGAAACUUUAUAUUGCGUGUUAUGCGUAUGUCUCAAAUUAA